AUGGCCUCUUCAGCUACUCUCUUCUCCCGUGCGCGUCCCGGCACAGAGCCAGCACCAAAGAAGAUCCGGGGCUUCAUGUCUCUCCCCGGCGAGAUUCGCAACCAAGUCUACACACACUACUUUGCACCAUCCUUUCGCUGCGAGUUCGCAGCCGAAGGUUUCCAAUUUCAUUCACCCCAAUCCCGCACCGUGAAGCUCUGGUCUGGUCUCGUACACUCAGAGCACAAGCCCUACAAGUACGAAACGCAAGAAGCACCCCAACAACCCACCACCAUACGGAUAUCUCGACCACUAGGCCAGUAUAACAUUGUCAAAGGUCUGAACACGAACUGGGCUUCAUCGAUCUACGCACUCAACCUUGUCUGUAAACAGAUCUAUGGUGAGACAAAUGCAUACCUAUACAAUAAAACCGUCUUCGCCUUCAACGCCCCCAAGCGAAUCAAUGCGUUUCUCUCCCUAGUCCCCCAAACAAACUUGACCCUCAUCACGAAGCUCCAACUCCACUACACCACCUAUGGUGAGCCUGUCAACAGCUGCGACUGCAUCUGGAAAGCCAAACAUCUCUCCAGCUGGUCCCGCGCCUGCAGAUCCGCCGCAAAGAAACUCCUCAAUCUAAAGACUCUGGAAGUGGACAUCCACCACCCCAACCACGCGCCCAAGUUCAAUCUCCGUGAACCAUGGCUCUUGCCCAUUCUGCAGUUCCGCCGCUUAUCCCGGAAAUCCAAGGCCUCGGUUGAAAAUACACAGCCCAGCUCCCUUGCUCUCACCCACCUCGAAGCCCAAGCCAACAAGACUCUCACCAAUGUUCGAGUCCGCAUAUCAACAACAUGUUCCGAUUCGUUUGGGGGAAAUGACGCUUUGACUCGAGCUUCUAGGCAUCUCCAUGAACUCUUUGGCCAAGCUGUUGAGCUGGCGAUACGCGGAGCGGGGGAAGAAGAAGCUAUGGAGGGGUUUAUGGAGGCAUGGGAGGGUAGGUAUGCGGUGUGGAAGCACCAUUUGCAGUUUGCGAGGACGGGGUGGUGA